AUGUAUUCUUUCAACAUGGCAGCUGUGCUGCCUCUUCUGUUAGCCCUCGCUGCAGCGCAGCAGAUCGGCCAGAUCCCCGAGGUGCACCCAAAACUACCGACGCAGUUCUGCACCAGAUCGGGAGGCUGCGUCACCCGCCAGACCAAGCUCGUCACCGACGCCCUGUCGCGGCCCUUUCACGCCGUCGGAAACCCGUCCGUCAGCUGUGCCUCGGCGCGGGACAACAAGACGCUAUGCCCGGACGUCGAGACGUGCACCAGGAACUGUGUGCUCGAGGGUGUCGACUACACCCAGCUCGGCGUGCUGACCAAAGGCAGCGCGGUCACGCUGCGGCAGUAUCUCUUCGACGGCCAGGCUUACACGUCUGUCAGCCCUCGCCUGUAUCUGCUGGCUGAGGACGACAAGAACUACGAGCUGCUCAAGCUGACCAACCAGGAGCUGACAUACGAUGUGGACCUGUCGCAGCUGGGCUGCGGCAUGAACGGCGCGCUGUACCUGUCCGAGAUGGAGGCUGACGGAUCGAGGAGUGACCUGAACCCAGCUGGGGCCCAGUAUGGAACGGGAUACUGCGAUGCGCAAUGCUACAACGUCACAUGGAUCAAUGGCCUGCCGAACCUCAACAACUCGGGCUCCUGCUGCAACGAGAUGGACAUCUGGGAGGCCAACAGCCGUGCGACCGUUCUGACACCCCACACGUGCAACCAGCCGGGCUCGUUCCUGUGCGCCGGUGACGCAUGCGGCCGCGGCGCGCCGGCCGUGUGCGACAAGUCCGGCUGCGGCAUCAACCCCUACGCCACGGGCUCCAAGGACUUCUACGCGCCCGACCGCACCGCCAGCGUCGACACGAGCCGCCCCUUCACCGUCGUCACGCAGUUCAUCACGGCUGACAACACCUCCGCAGCGCCCCUGACCGAGAUCCGCCGCCUCUACGUGCAGGGCGGCCGGGUCAUCGAGAACGCGCGCGUCCGGGUCGGCGGGCGGGACGCGCCGGGCGUGCUGACGCAGGACUUUUGCACCGAGCGCAACGCGUCCGACUUCAACCGGCUCGGCGGCGUCCGGGGCAUGGGCGAGUCUCUGGCGCGGGGUAUGGUGCUCAUCUUCAGCAUCUGGAACUCGGAGGGCGACUUCAUGACCUGGCUUGACUCCAACAGCUCCGGCCCCUGCAACGCGACCGAGGGCAACCCGGCCCUCAUCGUCAAGAACAACCCGGAGGUGUCGGUGACCUUUUCCAACAUCAAGUGGGGAGAGAUUGGCACGACGUUCAAUGCGUCGAGUGGCAGCAGGGCAGAGGCAGCAGAUCUGGUCAGCGCCAUCAAGGCCGGGACGCAGAGCUCGGCCGCGGAUCGGACGCUUUUGAGCAGCGCGUUGGUCGGCUUGGCGAUUCUGUGGUUUGGCCUUGCAUUGUCCUAG